AUGUUUCUCGUGUUUAUUUUAUGGCUAUUCCUGGCCAAUUACUGUUCAACGACAGCUAUAGAAAUGCGAGCAUUUCGGGAUUUUUUAGUUAAUCAGCAUUUGAAACAUGCAAUUAUCAUAAGAGCACAACAACAACAACAACAACAACAAGGACAAUGGGGAUACUUGAAUGAGAUAAGGGAUUUGGCCAUGCAUUGUCACAUAAGAUUUCAUCGAGUUUCAGUUGAGCAUGACAUUGAAAAUUUAUUUUAUAAAAGUUCUCCAAAAGUCGGGAUUUAUAUAAAUAUUACCGAUCCAGGGGAAUCUUUGCACGUAUUACGGGACUUUGCUGUAAAAGAUAAAUUUAAAAAUUCUUACGCUUGGUUUAUAACAAUGCGGGCACUUGCAGAAGGCUUGUUGGAUAAUUUAAAAAUGAUCAAAAAUAUAUUCAAGCUUUUAAGGCUUCAUAUAAAUGCUGAUGUUACACUAGCUCUAAGAGUAAAUGGCUCCCGCUUUCAUUUAUUUGAUGUCUAUAAGAUCUUGCCCGACUUUCCUGCAACCGCUGAAGUAAAAGGUAACUGGUCUUUGCAACAGGGCUUAAUAAUUGAUCCUAAGUUUAAGUACGGCUUCAUGGUAAGAAGAAGUAACUUUCAAAAUAUCAGCAUUAAAGUGGCUACGGUAUUGCACGAUAAACCGAAAGAUUUCACUAAUUACACGUUUUUAAGCAAUAAUCGGGAUUGGAAAGAAUUGGAUUCUAUGCCGCGUAAAGUUUACGGCCUUAUGCGUCCAAUGGAAGAUUUAUAUAAUUUUAGUUUCAAUAUCCACUACGACACUUCAUGGGGAGGCUACAUUGACGUCAAAACGGCUGGUAUUGUGGGACGACUAUAUAGCCAUCAGGCUGAAUUUUCAUUAACUCCUUUUCGCUAUUUAAGUGGACGUGUUUUGAUUGUUGACUACUCGCCAGAAGUUCACUUAGAAAGGGCAAACUUUAUUUUACGUCAUCCACGUCAUGUCAGUAUACGUAACGUUUACUUAGCACCCUUAGCUGUCCCGGUUUGGUGGUGUGUUUUAGCUUUAAUUAUUCUAACAAUAGUCUUGUUGGUCAUACAAAUACGAGAAGAGUAUAAACGAUGGAGCCAACAUCAUGUGCAGAGAAAACAAUUGGAACAACAUGUCAAUUUUGCUAUGCUUGUGGCGGCGGAAGCUUUAUUAAUGCAGGGACCACCGUCGGAAAUUUUUCACUUAAUCUCAUCUCGCACACUAAUUGCAACAGUAUGCGUAUUCGUGUUCAUAUUAAUGGAAUUCUACAAUGGUUAUAUUGUAGGCUCUUUACUCGCGGAAUCACCGCGUACCUUAACCACUUUGGAAGCACUUUACAAUAGCAAUUUAGAAUUGGGUAUGGAGGAUAUACAGUAUAAUUAUCAUGUCUUUGAAAAUUCUAGCAGUCGAUUAAUGCAUAUCAUAUAUAAAGAGCGCAUACUGGGAGCGAAUGGCAAAAGUCACACAAAUAUAUUGCCGCUGGAGCAAGGUAUCUAUCGUAUAGCGCAGGGUGGUUUCGCAUUUCAUAUGUCCAUAGAUCGUGCUUAUCGCUUAUUGAAAAAUCAACUAAAUGAACGUCAGUUUUGCGAAUUACAAGAGAUUCGUUACAUACCUGGCUAUUCAACGGGAAUAAUUCUGGCAAAGUCUACACCUUAUAAGGAAUAUGUCGCUCAAGUGGCAUUAAAGUUGCGCGAAUCGUCGCUUAUGCAAUACAAUAAUAAAUUAUGGGAAUUUCAUAAAAUUGAUUGCAGUUUAAUCAAAGGCAAUGAAAUAAUUGUGGAUAUGGAACAUUUUGGUGCUGCUUUAGUAUUUCUAGGAUGUGCAAUCGUAUUUAGUGUAACCGUUCUGGGCAUUGAGAUCUUUUAUAAAAAAUGUCAAAAAGGCCACGAUGAGGCCAUUAUUGAUAAGGAUAAGCGCAACGAUGAUGAUGUUAAUGAUAAUAAUGACGAUGAUAAUGAUGAUAAUGAAAUAGCAAUGGUCAGUUUAAUUUCCUUGAAUAACUCCAA